AUGCAAACGGGAGGCCUCGAGGAGCGCAAGAAGGCGCUCGAGAAAAAGUUCGUCGAGAAGCGGCCGCCGCUGGCCUACGCCAAACUCAGUGGCCGCGUCUUGGACGACACGCCGUUCGAAAAGCUCGUGACGCACUUGCCAGCGGAGCUGGGCCGCGGUCCGCUGUCGUCGCUGCCUGACCACCGCAUUGCAUUGGGGGAACAAAAGGCCAUCUCGCGUCUGCACGCGCGUAUCCAGUGGAACCAGAGCGAGAGCUGUUUCGAGAUGCAGUGUCUCGGCAAGAACGGCAUGUUCGCGGGCGGCAAGUUCGUGGCCAAGAACCAGACGGUCAAGCUCAGCUCCAAGAUGCCGCUCAAGAUUGGCCACGCGCGGAUCUAUUUCCUCUGCGCCAUUCGCUCGACGAUCAGCACCAUGAGCGGCUUUAAGAUCAUCCAAAAAGCGUUCGAGAAAGCAAAAUAUCACAAAGGCGUGACGACGAUGACGGCCGAUCAAGUGUGUGACCAGAUCCUGGCGAGCUACGCCAAAAGUGAGCACGAACUGGGCGGAAAAGACCACUUGCGUGCAUUUGUCACCGCGUACUUACAGGAGGACACAAGUUCGUUCGAGCGUGUUGAAGACAGUACGUGCCCCGUUCCGAGCUACAAACUGAAACGGGUGGUAGCUGUCAGUGAACCGAAAAGGAGUGGGGCAGUGGACUCGGCGUCCACGCCAGAAGAGACCAGUGGGGCUGCACUGAAGAAGCAGAAGAUUGCUGUGUCUAAGUAA